GACAAAUACCCUUAACGCCUUCAUGUGAAAUAGAAUAACUAAAUUGAUCUGCUAGAAAAUGGAUGAAAUACUAUGUUGCCUGCUGUGCAGAGAGACAAACGCGUGGUAAGGCAUAGACUGUUCACAUCUCUAAUAUCAUCAACGGAUUUGAUCGACUCCAUAGCUAUGAAUACCUACAGAUCUGAAGACUACCACAUGUUAAACGCUCUAUUUGCACCUCCUGUCACAAUGUCAAGCGCUUCAGCAAACAGUAUGGUGCACGGAACAAAAUCCAUGGUCACCUCGUUCAGGACCUGGGUUCAGACACAUGAAGAGGCACAGGUGAUGAUGGCGAGCAUUCUAGUGGUAGUGGGGUUGUGGUGGCUCGUCAGAACAAUGCUCGCGCUUAUCAUCAACCUCAUAUGCCCCAUUUUGGUAGUAAUAUUGGCAGUGAUGUGCAUACCACAACUACGAGCGCCACUUCUCGGUCAAAACUAUCCACUGUUGGCCAACUUGUUGCGCGACAUUCUGCUGAAGAUGGCGGAGAAUAUAAAGACUUGAUUGGCAGUGUUAUAAAAAUUGUAAAAUGUUUUGUUAUUACGCAAAUAAAAGUUGA